AUGGUGGGUAUGCCCGACCACCUCCACAGCUCCGCUCCCUCGACCACCACCACGACCACAUCCGCCAGGACCAAGACGACGGGGCUGCCGGGCGCCCAGGGCAGAGCAAAGGGCGUCGCCUUCACUGCCAAUGACGCCACCACCCAGCCAGGUCGGGCGGCAUAUCCACAACGUCCCCUCGCUGCCUCUAUAAGCUCAGAAGACUCGGGCGACGAUGACCUCCUGCACACGUUGCUCUCGGCCUCUUCCAUUGUCAACGCCGACGCCCUCUCGUCCUCGGGCCACUCGACGGCCAUGACCUCGGCCACCACCUACGAUGACCGACCCAGCCCUGAGACGCCACCCGCAGCCCUACCAUGUGCUCACCCUACCCUCUCGCUCCUCCAACUCGUCUCCAACACCGCCUCGUCUUCUGCUCUGCCCGACAGCUUUGACGUCAACGUCUCGCGCAAGGGCGGAUUCGUGGCCGUCUACUCUGCGUCGAAUCUGUUCCUGAUCAAGACCCUUGAGCUGCCACGGCUGUGGGCCCGCACGCUGCAAGUCAAACGCAAACCGAUUGCCGUUGAUGUUACCGAAGAUGGCUUUCUCCUGGCGGUGCUGUCGCGACCCUCCCAAGUCGACCUCUACGAGAUACAUGGCGAAGGAACCGACCAGAUCAAGAAGAGGCGGACCAUCAUGUUGGUGCACGAGGCUAGCUCCAUUGUCGUCUCCCCAGAUGCACGCAUACUCAUAACGGGGAAUAAAUUCGGUAUCGAGGUCAUAGCCAUUGGUCCUGAAGUACCUGAAACUUUGCGACGGACGCUCUCGGGACCUGCAGGAGAUGCGCUGGAAUUCUCAGAUGAUGGGAGGACUCUGCUCAUCACGGGAUAUGCGAGAAAGUCGGAUGGAUCUGCUUUGUUUGUUCUGCCUGGCUUGUACGACGGGCCCCUCACCGAGGAGGGGGAGCCAAUACCACAACCACCCGAAGCCGCAUGGACGGGCUCCGUCUUGUUUCCAGAGACGGCAAGAAUAGCACGCCAGGCUACACUUCUUCCAGACGCGGAUACUGGCACAUUCAACGAACUAUUUGCCUUUAACGCCGAAGAGGAUUCUUGGGGCAUCUACGACAUUGCCUGCCAGCGCUUCACACAGAGGAAAAUGUUUCUUCCCGAUCACCAACGUUGGACGCGUUCGGAAUUCGUCGACGAUGCCAUGCCUGCGGUAUCGCCCAAUGCUGACCUCGCAGCUGUCGCUCUACGUAUUCAGGGCACAACCAACAUAUGGAUCUAUCAAGUCCCCGGCUGGGAGUACCAACCCAAGGAAAAGUCUAAACAGGAAGCCCCGAUUCAACCCUGCUUUUGUGUCCCGAUACCAAAUGGCGAUGUGGGGACGUUGCAAGAGAUUUGCGUGCUGAGAUGGGUCAGGCUGAAUGCCAAUGUCCAACGACUCGUGGCUGUUGGAAAUUCGAGCACAGUGCCUGAUGAAAACGAGGUCCUUGGCGCGCCGUUGGGAUCAAAGGGAGUACUUAUCGUUCUCGAUUUUGACAAGACGAGACCUCCUGGAAGUGUUCCGCCAACACCAUUGAAGACAGAGUAUGACCUCGAUCCGCUGUGUCCUGGGGAGAUGCUACCAGAGGGUUCGAUUGACUUUGACCGAGAGGUUGAAUUGGUACGGACCAGAACCAUUGCCCAGCGUAGGGCUCAGGACCGUAACGAAUCGGUAUCACGGAGAAACUCGAGGAUUGGAUCCACGCCUAUACAACGUGCAAAUACUUCUGCUGCGAAUCAACAUGCGCCGCGACCGGUAAUAACAACGGAUGAGUCUGAAGAAUUGACGCCAGAGGAGGCACAGGCCAUGUUCGAAAUUCCAUACGACAACCAGCAGCCGAGGUCGCAGAUGUCGCUAGCUAGAGCUGCUACUGUGGCAGCUGUAUCUCCUGCCAACCGACGGCAUCUACGGGCCUUGCCGUACAGGCCCCUGGAGUAUCGUCGUGCAGAUGGACACCGAGAGAUACCUCACGAAAGUGACGCGGAUAAUUGGGUGCCACCACCACCAGCAUACACAGCUACGGCGGCGGCGGCAGAAAGCGUUAGCUUGAGCCAUCCCGAUGCGCCUCCAGUACCACGAGCGUCUAGUGUGCAGCCAAUGUCUUCCAUGCCUCCUGUCCCUGCAUUACCGAAUACGUCUGUACGCAUUUCACAGGUGCCUAUGCAUCCAUACCAGCAACGACAGCAGUCCAUUUCGAGUAACGCAUCCUUUGCUCCGGAUCAGGAAAGAGGCCGCAGACCGACUCUCAUCCAUCCGUCUACGUAUCCCGCGCCACGCCCUUCGGAUCCAUUGCAAAGUCGACGAGGUUCAUCAGUGCGCCCGUCAGGAAGUCAAAUGUCAUACUCCGCACAUCCAGCGCUUUCGACAUCCACAUACAGGCCUCCUCUUCACCAAAGUGCAGUAAGAAACCUGGCCUUUGAACACGCCAACCAGGACCUCUAUUCGUCUCCUUCGGUACCAUCAUCCGGCCCAGCAAACACAGGCUCCCGCCGCGUCUCCGCACCACACAUACAACGCCGGCCCGUUCCACAAAACGCUUCUGUUCCUGCACCCUACCCCAACUUUUCCCCGUCGGCACAAAGACCAACCGUGGACCCGAGAAUGGCCGCUCUGCCACCGCUAAUCCCACCGACAAGUAACCACCAGCGGUUCGCGUCGGCCCACCAACUCCCCACCAGCGCGCCCCCGCUUGCCAACCAUGCCGCGAGUUUCUCGCACCGAGCCGCAAGUGCGCAGCAGAUUCGAGGACAGUCGCUUAGUGCACGGGGUGGUGGCUCGAGAAUGGACUGUCGUCAAAAUGCGGAUUCAGAGGGAAAAGAUAACGGGAAGAAGGCCAAGAGGAAGACGCAUUGUGUCAUUAUGUGA